GCGCCCCUGCGCAAUACACAAGUGGGAACACGCGCUCCAGCACGAACCAAGAGGAAGCCCCGGACGUCAGUGGAACAUGGCGUUGAGCUGGAUCGCUGUCACUAACGGACGGAGGAAAACAAACGCUGCGAGGGCCACAGCGUUUCUCUGAAAGUCCACUACGGAUUAGCUGUGACUGCUGAAGCUGUCUUGAGCGCGUUUAUCUGCUUUUCAUCAGAUUCCGUUACUUCUGGGACUCGGUGCGCGCUGAAGAAAAGGGCGGUAGGGCAGUGUUGACAGCUAAUGUAAAGGACUCCGCUAACAGUUACCUGUACCGUGAAAUGUGUGUAACCUUCUUUGCUAACUAACGUUUACAAGCCCCGUGGGAGCUAGCUGUUGACCUUGUGUGCACUGAGAUAUUAGCCAGUCGAUGAUAACACAACAUAGUUCCGUAAACUGUUGCUCGAUUGUUUUUCCUUCUUUUUAGUUAAUGUUACUUUGAGAGUUUUGCGUUUUCCUUUUUGUUUUGUCUUUUGGUUGUUUCGUAUCGGUUGUAUGCGCGGCGUUAAGCAGAUAGGUUAAAAUGUCAGAUAACCAGAGUUGGAACUCCUCCGGUUCUGAGGAAGAUCUUGAGCCUCGAGAGGAGUCUGGACAUCCCGUUGGCAUCGCCGAGUUCAGCGGAUACCUUAGUAAGUGGACAAACUACAUCCAUGGCUGGCAGGAUCGUUGGGUUGUGCUGAAAAACAACACGCUGAGCUACUACAAGUCUCAGGAUGAGACCGAGUAUGGCUGUCGUGGUUCCCUCUGCCUUAGCAAAGCCGUUAUUGCUCCUCAUGAAUUUGACGAGUGCCGGCUGGAUAUAAGUGUAAACGACAGCGUGUGGUACCUCAGAGCUCAGGACCCCGAUCACAGACACCAGUGGAUUGACUCCAUUGAACUGCACAGGAGUAUCAGAGAAGGGAGGAGAGAGAAGGGAGGAGUCCAGGGAACAAUAAUCAUCCCUCCACCACUGGCUGAUUCUGGUUAUGGCUCGGAGUCCAGUCUGCGGAAACAUGGCUCCAUGCUGUCUCUCACAUCAGCCACCAGUGGCUACUCUGCCACCUCCACGUCUUCCUUCAAGAAGGGUCACAGCCUGAGAGAGAAGCUGGCAGAGAUGGAGACGUUCAGAGAUAUCUUGUGCAGGCAGGUGGACACGCUCCAGAAAUACUUUGAUAGCUGUGCAGACGCUGUGUCCAAGGAUGAACUGCAGAGGGAUAAAAUUGUGGAGGAUGAUGAGGAUGACUUUCCCAACACCCGCACAGAUGGACAAUUUCUGCACAACAAUAAUGGCAGCAAAGAAAAAUUGUUUCAGUCCUUGAAUGGCAUAGAUUUUAAGGGAGAGGCCAUUACAUUCAAGGCCACCACAGCUGGGAUCUUAGCCACUUUAUCCCACUGCAUCGAUCUGAUGGUGAAGAGAGAGGACAGCUGGCAAAAGAGACUGGAUAAGGAGAUGGAGAAGAGGAGAAGGUUAGAGGAAAGCUAUAAAUCAACCCUCAAUGAGUUGAAGAAAAAGUCUCACUUUGGAGGUCCAGAUUAUGAGGAAGGUCCAAAUAGUCUCAUCAAUGAGGAUGAAUUCUUUGAUGCAGUGGAAGCUGCUCUUGACAGACAGGACAAAAUAGAAGAACAGUCUCAGACUCAGAAGACGAGGAUACAGAGAUCCGACCCAGUUCCCCUUGGAGAUGUCUACUCAAGCUCUGGCACGCACAGAUUCUCCGACAAGACUCAUAGUUUGUCCUCCCCUGCUGUGAUAGACAGGGCCUCUCCUCACCAUGUCCACAGAUUCUGCACAGAGGUGGAGGAGAUGGUGCAUAGUCACAUGACCUACUCCUUGCAGGAUGUUGGUGGAGAUGCCAACUGGCAGCUGGUUGUCGAAGAAGGUGAAAUGAAGGUGUACAGGAGAGAGGUAGAAGAAAAUGGGAUUGUACUGGAUCCGCUGAAGGCCACCCAUUCAGUAAAGGGGGUGACUGGUCAUGAGGUCUGCCACUACUUUUGGGACACUGCCUACCGCAACGACUGGGAGACCACCAUUGAAAACUUCAGUGUUGUGGAGACGCUGUCAGACAAUGCAGUAAUUGUCUAUCAAACGCACAAGCGGGUGUGGCCUGCCUCUCAGAGGGACGUGUUGUACCUUUCUGCCAUGAGGAAAAUUGUGGCCAGCAAUGAGAAUGAUCCAGACACUUGGCUGGUCUGUAAUUUCUCUGUGGAUCACGAGAAUGCACUGCCAACCAGCAGGUGUGUCCGUGCCAAAAUCAACAUCGCCAUGAUCUGUCAGACGCUCGUCAGUCCGCCAGAAGGAGAUAAAGAGAUCAGCAGAGACAACAUCCUAUGUAAAAUCACCUAUGUCGCCAAUGUGAAUCCUGGAGGCUGGGCUCCUGCCUCUGUGCUCAGGGCCGUGGCUAAGAGGGAGUACCCCAAGUUCCUCAAACGCUUCACCUCCUACGUCCAGGAAAAAACUGCUGGCAAACCCAUCUUAUUCUAAUGCACACAGGCAAGACGUGGCAGAGAGGUGGUCAACUGUUUUUUGUGUGUGCAUGACUUUUUGUUUUUGUUUUUUCUUGUUGUUGUUACCAUUGAAUACUUACUACAAAUGCAGCAAAACAACACUGAGCAUCUCCAUCUUUUCAGUGUGGAAACAAAAGGCUCAAAGUUGGUCGGCCGCUCUGCUGUCAUUUAGAGGAAACUGCAAAGUUUCCUCCCAGGAAGGGGUUAAAAGUCCACCACCCUUCCUGAUUUCUGCAUUUAAACAUCUGUGAGUCAAAAUGUUGACACUUGUGUGGAGGUCAUAUGAAAUAAUAUCUCUGUAUUAGCAUUUCAUUUCAAAAAUGCUGAACUGCAGUCAUUCACACACAGAUAAUCGGAGCCUGGAGGGAUUUCUCUCUAGAGAUAAACGCUGUGGGCCAGACAGUUGUUGUCCCUGCAGCAGCUCUUCAUACUAUCUUUAAUGCUCAUAUAGAAGACUGACCUAUCAGAUUGUCUGUUUAGACAACUGUUAAUAUAAAUGUGUGUAUGUUCUGUAAGGUUGUAAAAAUAAACAAAUGUUAGCUAAUUAAAAUUGAAUAUUUAGCUCCGAGUUGCUGUUUACUUUUCAUAUUUUACAUAAAUUGUACAUUUCCAGCUUUCCUUGAAGCUGCUAACAUUUCCUUGUAAACCAGCUUAAAUGAUUUGAGCUGACUGUAAUUUUAUUUGUAUGAAGUCCUGAGGGCUGUCAGUCUCACGUGACCCUUAUGACGUUCUCUCUGAUGAAGACGCCUCUUAUUGGUGCUGAAGGAGGGACAGACUUCCUGUACAUUAUCUGUGUGGCUUUAUAUUUGCGUCACUGUGUUACUGAACAUAUUUCAAGUGUUUCACGAAUUGUUAAUAGUGCCGCUAGCAUUUUUGCUGAAGGUCUGCAACGCAUUUUUUUUUUUUUCUUUUUUUGCAACUUGAGCCCAGAUGCCUUAGAGUUACAGCAAACUGUAGAUUCAGAUUGGAUAAGAGGGUGCUGCUAGUCCACCCUUUGAAAUCACUAGUGAAGUGCCUCAUGGCUACGCUCCCCUUUCUAAUGUUCAUUUGAACUUUGAAGAAGCCACGUGGCACGUUACAGACGGCUGGCAGGAUGUUUUUACAAGUAUUAUGAAGAUGUCGGAAUUAUUCAUUUUAGUGGAAGCCAUCGCCAAGUUGUCUGCCAGCGUUUCUGGGAUUUGUCACAUGCUUCAUGUGAGCAGUUACAGUACUAAAAUGAAUCCGUUAAAAUGUCUUUGUGUCAUCUAUUUUCUAUCUGUGCAUGGACAGGUCUGUUAAGUCCAAAGUUUAGUAAGACUUAGGGAUGCACCAAUAUAUCGGUAUCUGCUGAUAUUGGCUAUCGGCUGGUAUUACUAUGCUCUAGAAGAGGGAAAUAUUGGCCACUGGCAUCAGUGGGAUGAAAAGAUGAAGGACUCUAAAACAAGUCAGUUUUAUUUAAUUAUAAUAGUUUAUUUAUUUCCCUGGAACAAAAGGGAAGAAAUAACCUGAAAAAGACAAAAAAAUAUUGCCAACCUUGGCUGUUGGUCAGAUUUGUAAUUGGUUCCCAAUAGGUGCAUCCCUAGUUUUUAUAGGAACACUUUCCUUGGGAAACAUUGUUAGACAUUUAAAGUUAGUUUUACAGUUAACACAGGCUGGAUUUUUUUUUCAAACACGCACAUGAUUGACAGAGUUCAUUUCCCCAGCAAGUUUCAAGAGUUUUCAAGCUAAGCCAUCAGUACUGCUGCCAGGUACAUUUUUAAUUCACCUGUUGAGAGCACAAAGUAGUUUUUUUGUUUGUUUUUAUAGCUGGGAUGGCAUCAGUGGCUUCACUUUUAAGCCUUUGAUUUUCAGGCUUUUCAUUGACAGAUGUGAUUGAGACACAGUGGUGCUCAGCCACACAGUCAAGUGG